AAGAAAUAUAAAUAUCUACAAUUGCAGCGUUAUUUCUUCUUUUUUCUAGUUUCUUAUUUAUUUUUGACUGAAACAAAAAAAUCAAAACAGAAAAAUUAAAUUUAUAUUAUUUUUAAUAUGUCUUCAUCACCUGUUCCAACUAUUUCCAUUACAUCCCCAGAUUUAAAAAAUAAGGAUUACGAUAGCAUAAUGUCAAGCAGCAGUACAUUAACUACUACACCUGAUUCUCCUACUGUGUUUGAUGUUGUCAAAGAUAUUGAAAGUAAUCUUGUCAUAGACUCACAAGAGAGUUUUAUUAUUGAUAAUGAAGAAGAGGAUUGUCAAAUCGCUGCUCCUAAUCCACAAAAAACAAUUCAAACAUUUUAUGAUCAGAAAUGUAUUCUGAUUACAGGUGCUACCGGAUUCAUUGGUAAAGCUGUAUUGUGGAAAUUAAUUCAGUCCCUGACAGAUUCUGUUGAUAAAAUAUUUCUUUUGUUAAGGUGUAAAAGACAACAAAAUACACCAUAUGAUCGUUUACAAGAAGAUAUAUUAUCCAAUAAGGCUUUUGUUAGUCUGCGUAGAUCAAUGGGAUUUACUAGAUUUGAUCGUUUUAUUGAAGGGAAAGUAUAUCCCAUAUUCGGUGAUUUAGCCGAAACCCAAUUGGGGUUGUCUGACCCUGAUUUUCAUAUAAUUUCAAGUCAAACUAAUAUUAUUUUUCAUUGUGCUGGAAGUAACACACUUAACUUACAAAAUCUUGUCAAAAUCAAUUCUUUUGGAACAUUACAGCUUUUAGAUUUAGCAAAGAAAUGUCUAUCUCUAUCUGCAUUUGUCUCUUUAUCACAUUUAUUCCAACAUGAUGAACAAAAAAUUGAAGAAAAUUCUUUAUAUCCUUUAUGUAAUAGUGGACAGAAAUUAACGGCUAAAGAGAUAUUAAAUCAAAUUUUAUCAACUAAUGAAGAUGAUGAAAACAAUUUCCAUACGUUAAUACCAUCAUUUUAUAAUAACGAUUAUUUUUUCUCAAAAGCAUUGGCUGAGCAUAUUUUGGUUGAAGAAGUUUCAAGAUCCUUAAAGGAAGAGGAUUCAUUAUUUCCUAUUGCUAUGUUAAGGCUAAGCCCUGUAGGCCCAAGUGUACAUGAACCAUUAAUAGGUUGGGCGGACGGUGUGAAUGGCAUGAAUGGUGCAAUUUUACUAACUGGUAAAGGACAAGCUAAAAAUAUUAUUCAGCCACAUGUCGGAAGUACUUUCAUUGAUGUUGUACCUGUUGAUUAUGUUGCUCGUUUGAUAAUUGGCUGUGCCGCUACAUUCGACUCAACUAUAAUAAAGGAAAAAAAAUUCGAAAUACCCAAGGAGGUUCAUAUGACAACCAUUAGCAAAACAUCGUCAUUGAGUUUGGAAGAACAAAAUACAAAUCGAUUACCAUCUUUACCUUCAGAACAUAAAAGUAUGUUUCAUAAGAGAACAUCAAGUAAUAGUAGUCAAAGGAUGUCAUCUAUUCGAAAUAGUAAUAUAUUCUGUUAUCGUCCAUCUUCAAUACCCUCCUCUUAUUUAUCAUUUUCAGAGACACUACCAAAAAUUUAUCAUAUAUCAACUACAAAUUUGCGCCCAAUUACAUGGCGUAUGGGAUAUGAAGCCAUGCGUCAAUACUGGAAUACAUCAACUUUUGCAAACUUACCCACUUCAACUAUCUAUUUUAACAAUAAUCAUUCUGCCAAUGGAACUACACCACCUGCAUCUUCUCGACUUUCGCGUGCACGUACAGUAAUGAACUCAUUGCGUGACUAUUAUAUGAGCCAAAAUACUUCACAAUUUAAUGACACCAUCAAUCCCUCUCAGCGGUCAUCAUUUAUAAAUGAAGAUCGUAGUUCUUUUAUAAGUAGUAGUAGUAGUAGUAGUAUUAGUAGUAGUGGUGGUAAUAAUAGUAAUAGUGUUAGUAGUAGCAGCAGCUAUAAACGUAUUUCCCAGCAACGGUCAAGUCGUGCCUUAGAGAUGGCAGUGAAAACUGCCUAUGUGAUGAGAGAUAGCAUUAUCUGUUCUCGACAUUCAAUUCCUAUUGUUAUUUCUUUAAACACAAUGAAAUUAAUUGAUGCUAUUCGCAAUAUGCAUGAUGAUGCUUUUGACCCUAGUACUAUCUUACCUGAAGAUACUAAUAGUAAAUUCUGGGUCAAUUAUUUUAUGAAUGCAAGUUAUGGUAUACAUCAUUACGUGUGUCAAGAUCCUAAUACAUCAUUGAUUCGACUUCCGACCCCAAUUGAUGGCUGGAGUUGUAGUAUUGAGCGACCUAUUGAGGGCUUGGACGAAGAUGAUAGUGACUAUUACGAACACGUUCUGACUCGGCAAGUUAAGAGCGUUCUUUUUUCAAAGGACCAAGUCAAACAACGCACAACACGUAUGAUAUCUCAUAUUAAAUCUAUAUUAACAAUGCAAGCUAAUAAUAAGGAAAAGGAUGAUGCUUGGCUGACAGAUCUUGAUGAUGCUUUAGAUGAUUGGUGUCAAGAUACAUCGAAUAGCAUUGAAAGACGUAGUAUGGUUGCACUUGGUAAAUGGCGUCGUAGCAAAGGUAGUAAUGACGAAUCUGUAAAAAUUAUUGUUUUAAACGAUAAGCGUGUCAAUCAAGCCAUUACUCAAAUCACACGAAAUGCAGGUGUCGCAAAGCAAACGGCUGUGAAUGAGGCUAUGAAAAUUUUGAUGAGGAUGAGUGAGCGUACGCAACUGUCAUUUGUUUGGUUUACAGGAACUCUUUUAAAUCAAUUAUUUACGGAUCUCUUUGAACAUGUUCGUAUCUCAGAUGAAAGUCUUCGCAUCAUUCGACAAGCCACAAUAGGUAAACGUGUUGUUUAUGUUCCUGUUGCAAAAUCCAUUUUAGAUUUAUUAUUGGUCUGGUAUAUUGCAAUUCGGUAUCGCCUACCUGUUCCUGCACUUGUUUGUGAUGAGUCUGUUAUGACGCAACAACAACUAGGUUCCUUAUCUGAUCUCUAUCGCUUAGCAGGAGGCUACUAUGUAAAACGCGAUAAAACGAAACGAUCUCCACUCAAUUCGGCUGUUACAGCAGCUUAUACACAGGUUCUAUUAAGGGAGCAUGGUGCACUUUCCUUUUGUCUUGAGAGAUCGAGAUCAAGGACAGGUAAAUUUCAAGAGCCUUAUCCUGAUGGAUUUGUUGAAAUGAUUAUUGAGUCCACUUUACAGACGAACCAGUCUCGAUGUUCAUCUUCAUCAUCCACAUCUCGUCUAACAGCACAAUCUUCAGAUCUUUCUGAUAAUAAUAGUAUGACGGAUGAACCACCUACUAAUCGAUCUCAGCAAUCUAAUAAAAAGGUGUAUAAUAAGGAUGUUGUGUUUAUACCUAUCAAUAUCACAUAUGAACAUGUACCCGAGUUAUCUUGUCUGAUAGAUGAAGUCUUGGAUCAACAGCAGCCUAUAAACCGACAGAGACCCCCUAUGACUUCCAGUAAUUCUUCACCGUCUUUAAUGACAGGUCGUCGUUUGCCGAUGAUGCGACCCAGCGAGACUAUGGAUCGACGUAAAACUUUACUUGAAAAUGACACAUUUACAACGAAAAAAGGAGGACGUGUCACACUUGGUGUUGGAUCUCUCAUUAGUGUGCAAGAAGUAGCAGAUGAAUUUUAUCAAAAAGAUGUAACAAAUAGCGGUGGUAGUGUACGUGAUAGUGAAGAAACGAUAUAUGAUGAAGUAGAUAUGUUAAUGACAGAGGUUACCCGCCGUAUUCAUGUUUCACAAUGUAAAGCUUUAGUCGUAUCUCCUAUAUCAAUUAUCGCUUCCAUUAUAUUAUAUGGACGUGCAACACAUGGUGUAUGUGUAGGCAAAAUAAAGGAAUUGAUGGUAUGGAUGAGACAUGAAAUGAUUCAGCAUGGAUAUGCUAUUGAUUGGCAAGAGGGAGAAGAUUUAGACUCAUUGAUUUUAACAUCGUUUAAAUUAUUGGAUGAGCCAAAAAACUUAAUCUUGGAUGGCAGAGAAUUCAAUGAUGAUACAAAUAUUCGUGUCAAUGAUCAUGCAGACAAUGUGAUGACCCUUUCUUAUUAUGCAAAUCAAAUUAUCGAUAUUUUUCUUUUGGAUUCCUUUUUUGCAAUUGUUUAUUUGUCAUUCUUAGAAGAGUCUGUUUUAGAAGAUGAAUUUAUGGAUCGAUUCCGUUUCUUGUUACAAUUACUGGAAAAGGAAUUUGUCUUACAUUGGGAUUUAGACGAGAAAUUCAAGCAUGUAAUCCAUACUUAUGUCUCAAAGCAUAUCAUUCGUAUUCAUGAAAAUCGACUACAACUUUUAGUCAAUUUGGAAAAUGAUCCUAUACGUUAUGAACAAAUGAUGUUCUUGGCUUCUCUUGUCUAUCCAACAGUAGAUGCCUAUUGGAUUACAUCGUGUUCAUUAUCAGCAUUAGAGGCCGUUCCCAUGCUACCACGCUGUAUUAUUCCUCUCUUAUCACAAUGGAUCGCAACUCAUCUUAUCACUGGUCGAAGAACGAUUUAUCGUGAAGUAUUGUCAACAGAAUCGAGCAAGACAGCCGUCAAUGUCUUUAUGUCGAUGGGUUUCUUGACCGAAAUCAAAUUAAAGGAAAAGCUAUCUCCAGAUGCACAAAUUUUAUUGCAUGAAUUAGGAAUACCUACUUCUGAAAUUUUGAUUGAGCUUGCAGGACAAAAUAGUGAUGGUGGUAAGACGCCUGUGUCACCUAUUGAUCCUGAAGGCAUGAUGAAAGCGAUGAUGGCACAAAUAGAAAUGAAUCGAGCUAAUUCAAAUAUGGCAGAUCUUUGUCAACAAAUUGAUUCUUAUCGUCUAGGUGCAGCCUCACAACGUGAAAGCUUUCAAAAUGCUCAAGUCUUUCAAAAAUGUUUAAUGCAAAUUAAAGGAAUCAUUCUAAAAAAUAAUAGUUUUACAAAAAGGAGACAGGUUAUUUUAGAAGCUGAUGAAGAACAUUUGACUCAGUUGGUGUAUUCAUUAUUGAUUAGUAGUGUUCCAGUAGGAGACCGAGCAGCACAAGCACGUGCUUUAAGACGUAUAUCUGAAGCAUAUAAUUUAAUGAAAUGAAAAAAAAAAUGUAUAUAUUUAUACCUUACUACUUUAUGUAAAGAUUUUUUUUUUAAUAAAUUAAUAUUAUCAUGUAAU